AUGAAUUCUGCACAUCAAAAAAAUGAUAUCCGUUUGGAUGAUGUUUCAACAACAAAAUAUUAUGAUGAACAUGAUCAUAAUGAUAAGAGUCGUACAAAGUUUUCAUCAUCUCAAGAUUCCGUUGAUCCUGAGGAAGAAUUAACGCGCAUUUUAACAACAGAAAAUCCAUAUGGACCGAAAAAUUUAGUCAUGUUUAGUAAUCGUGAUAAACAAUUUGUACCAUUAGGAAACAUGGAACAACUUAUAAUACAUUACUCAUAUGAAGGAAAUCUUAUACCGAUUGAUUCUGACGAAGCUAAAAUUUAUUUACAGAAAGAAAAAUUUCAUAAACCACGAAUUCUUCCAACAGCAUUACUUGAUAUUUAUAAAACGAAAGAAAAAUCAACAAUAGAAAUCAAACAAUCGAAUGAAAAUUUCGAAUUUGCACAACCAACAGGCGAUGAAGAAGAACAACAAACUAUUACAAGUGAAAUAACCGAACAAAGUGAACUCAAUGAACCUAUUGAUGAUUUAGAUGUUACAAUUCAAACUGAUCCAAUAAUAAAUAAAAAAUUUGUUGGUCUAGCAAACCAACGAAUUAUUUAUCAAGAAUAUACAAUUGAUUAUGAAAAACAACAAAAAGAUAAAAAUAAACGAAAACAAAGAAUAAAUUAUGGAUCGAAUAAAGGUACACAAGAAAAAAAAGUUAUUAAAACUGAUCGUCUUAAACCAGAAACGAUUCUUAAACGUCAUCAAGUACAAAUUUUAAAAGCAAUUGAACGUGUAUUGAAUCAAAAUCGAUAUCAAGAAUUAAUAUUCAGUAAAAUACAAUAUAUUUAA